GCUUGAACACUCACGUGCUUAUGCUGUUCUUAUUUUGUCUUAGGACCCCUCUGUGUACAAGCUAUAGAGAGUAGAGAGUUUCUUUGUUGAGUUGAGUGGCAUUAAAAAUCGAAUCUUUUUGUUUCAGCCUCUCAUUUUCUCCUGCAUCUUUGGUUGGUAGCUGCUAGUAAAAAGUAUCAAUUUUGGUUUAAACUUUAGAAUCAGAAACUCAGAAUCUUAUGAUUCUCUUCAAGGGUACUUGAUUUUAUUUUUAUCUUCCUCUAAUUAACUCCACUGUUUACUUUCAUAUCUCAAGUUUAAGCUAUUGGGUGGAUAAGACAGCAUCUUAUAUGAAGUGUUCUCUCACUUUAGCUGGAAUAUAAUCAGCUGCAAUUCACAAACUCUUGAAACUGUUUCUACUUAACUUGGGUUGGUUACUGUUGUGGAUGAGCUUGCUCUAUGUAGUAGGGUUUGGUCUAAAGUUGGGGCAUCUAGUUUUAGUGCUAUGUUGCUGGGUUGUGUCUGUUGUUUACCUCAACAGGUUAUUCUGCAGUGAAAUUAAGGGUACUAGGGUGGGUUUUCAGGGUGGUUUUGGCAAGAUGGGGCUGAAAUGGUGGGAGAAGAUCUCAGGGAGUGGUUCCAGAACUUAUCAACAUUGCUACCAGUAUAUUGGGUCCAAGGGAGUGAAGAGACAAAUGUGGUGGAACCUUUAUAGGGCGUGGAUUGUGUUUUGGAUCGGAGUAUCUGUGUUUAUCUACUUCUACAUGUCCUUUCAAGAUGCUGAGAAGAGGAAAGAGACUCUGGCAAGCAUGUGUGAUGAAAGGGCUAGGAUGCUGCAGGAUCAGUUUAAUGUGAGUAUGAAUCAUAUCCAAGCCAUGUCGAUUCUGAUCUCAACUUUCCAUCACUCCAAGAACCCCUCAACCAUUGAUCAGAGAACUUUUGCCAGGUACACGGAUAGAACAGCUUUUGAGAGGCCCCUUACAAGUGGUGUAGCAUAUGCUGUAAGGGUGCUCCAAUCCGAAAGGGAACAAUUUGAAAAGCAACAAGGCUGGACUAUUAAGAGGAUGGACACUGUGGAGCAGAACCCAGUUCAUAAGGAUGAUUAUGCCCCAGAAAAAUUGGAGCCAUCCCCCAUUCAGGAAGAAUAUGCUCCUGUCAUAUUUGCACAAGAUACGGUUUCACAUGUCAUUUCUGUUGACGUGCUUUCUGGAAAGGAAGACCGUGGGAAUGUGUUGCGUGCAAGAGAAUCAGGGAAAGCUGUUCUAACUGCGCCCUUCAGGCUGCUCAAAACAAAUCGUCUAGGGGUUAUCCUGACAUUUGCUGUCUACAAGAAAGAUCUUCCAUCAAAUGCUACCCCAAAUGAAAGAAUUCAAGCAACUGAUGGGUAUCUUGGUGGGGUCUUUCAUGUUGAGUCGUUAGUGGAUAAAUUACUUCAGCAACUUGCUAGCAAGCAAACUGUAAAUGUUGAUGUGUAUGAUACUACAAAUCAUACUCAUCCAAUCGCCAUGUACGGCUCAAAUGUAUCCAGGGAUGCGUUCUAUCAUGUCAGCAGUCUUAACUUUGGAGACCCCUUCAGAAAGCAUGAGAUGCACUGCAGGUUCAAACAGAAACCGCCAUGGCCAUUGUUGGCAAUAGCUGCUUCAAUUGGUGCCUUUCUUAUUCCACUCCUUAUUGGACAAAUUUCCUAUGCUACUGUGAUUCAAAUUGCAAAAGUAGAAGAAGAUUACCGUCAGAUGAUGGAGCUAAAAGAACGAGCUGAGGCAGCUGAUGUUGCAAAAUCCCAGUUUCUUGCUACUGUUUCCCACGAGAUCAGAACACCAAUGAAUGGUGUUUUAGGGAUGUUGCAUAUGCUUAUGGACACAGAUCUAGAUGUAACCCAACAGGAAUAUGUCAGAACAGCGCAGGACAGCGGAAAAUCACUGGUAUCACUUAUAAAUGAGGUUUUGGACCAGGCAAAAAUUGAAUUUGGUAAGCUAGAGCUUGAGGCUGUGCUCUUUGAUGUACGGGCAAUUCUGGAUGAUGUGUUGUCACUAUUUUCUGAGAAGUCUCAAGCAAAAGGAUUAGAGUUGGCAGUUUUUGUGUCAGAUCAGGUUCCUGAACUGCUAAUAGGUGAUCCAGGAAGGUUUCGACAAAUAAUUACAAACCUCAUGGGUAACUCAAUUAAGUUCACGGACAAAGGACAUGUUUUUGUCACUAUCCAUCUUGUUGAGGAGGUUGUCCAUUCAGUAGAGGUUGACAAAGAACCAAAUUCUGAUAAAAAUACCUUGAGUGGUUUCCCAGUGGCUGAUAUCCGCAAGAGCUGGGAAGGAUUCAAGGCUUUCAGUCAGGAGGGACCUCUUGGUUCUUUCUCAUCCUCCUCGAGCGAUUUCAUCAAUUUGAUUGUAUCUGUGGAGGACACAGGAGAAGGUAUUCCUCUAGAAGCCCAGUCCCGCAUCUUCACUCCAUUCAUGCAGGUAAAUCCAUCCAUCUCUAGAAAACAUGGGGGAACUGGUAUUGGCCUAAGCAUUAGCAAGUGUUUGGUUGGCCUCAUGAAUGGUGAAAUUGGAUUUGUAAGCACACCCAAGAUUGGAUCCACUUUCACUUUUACCGCGGUCUUCACCAAUGGACUCCCGAGUUCAAAUGAGUGUAAAAUUCAGCAAAUCAGCAACCAGCCUCAACCAGCAUCUUCAGCAUUUGAGGGGAUGACUGCAUUGGUUAUUGACCCGAGAACCGUUCGCGCAAAAGUGUCUAGAUAUCACAUCCAACGGCUUGGCAUUCAUGUUGAAAUCGUUUCAGAUUUAAACCAAGGGUUGUCAACCAUAGGCAAUGGGAGCAUAGUUACCAAUAUGGUCCUGAUUGAGGAGGCGGUCUGGGACAGAGAUUCAGGCAUGUCAUCUCACUUUGUCAAGAACACAAGGAAAGUUGAUAAUGGGGUUCCUCCAAAGCUGUUUAUUCUUGUUAAUUCUAGUAAUUCUUCUAAAGCAAGUAGUGUAGCCUCUGAUGUUCAUUAUCCUACUGUCAUCACAAAACCUCUCAGAGCAAGCAUGCUUGCUGUCACGCUACAACGAGCCAUGGGUGUUAGGAACAAGAGUACUCCUCCAAAUAGGGAACUCCAAAGUUUGUCUCUUCGCCAACUUCUUCUCGGGAGGAAGAUUCUAAUCGUAGACGACAAUAGUGUGAACCGUGCAGUAGCAGCCGGUGCUUUGAAGAAGUAUGGAGCAGCUGUGGUUUGUGUUAGCAGUGGGCAAGAUGCCAUCUCUUCACUGACGCCACCCCAUCAGUUUGAUGCCUGUUUCAUGGAUAUUCAAAUGCCAGAAAUGGAUGGUUUUGAAGCUACAAGGAGAAUUAGAGAGAUGGAACACAAUGUGAACAGAGAAGUGUCUAUGGAUGGCUUUGAGAAUGUUUCGAACUGGCAUGUGCCCAUUUUAGCUAUGACUGCAGAUGUGAUCCAGGCUACACAUGAGGAAUGCCUAAGAUAUGGCAUGGAUGGAUAUGUUUCAAAACCAUUUGAAGCUGAACAGCUUUAUAGAGAAGUUUCUAGAUUUUUCCCUUCAUCUUGAAAAAAAAAAAACAGUGCUGAUCUAAACCAGAAGAUUAUUCAUGACCGAAGCAUCACUGUCUGUAGGGACACUCUGAAAUGUAUAAACAUGUUCAGAAGCCUCCUGAGAGUAAGUUCCCUAUUUAACAGCCAUUCCAUGUUUCAGUAUUUCUCUACUUAAAGAAGGAUGGAAGAAAUGGGAAAAUUUUGUAGACAUGCAGUCAUGCAGAAAUGGCUCAUUCUACCUUUUGUCCUACUUCACUAUCUUCUCUGCUGUGUUAAGAUCCCUGGUUUAAAAUAUUAUUUUUAUGGCAGGGAGUGUACAUAGGAGCCAAGUUUGAUUGGUUACAAUUGAUUUGUGAUUAAAUGUUAAGGGUAUCAAAAUUAAAAACCCAUUGAUUAUUCCAUGUAAAGUUAUUCUCUCGUCUCAUCCACUGUUAACUGCCAAUUGGAAAUGGUUGAGGGGGAUAUAAAGACUAGGGUGUAUUAUAUUAUAUAAUAUAGAUUCAGGAGUUCCAUCCUUGUGUAUGUAAUAUUACAACUUUACAGUAAUCUAGCCUAGGCAAGUUACAUUUUCUGGGAAUUGAUGCAUGUAUCAUAAGAGGUUGGUUCAUGUGAAAGAAAGGAAUUCAGUUUCUUGGCAACAAUGGUGUGGAAGUGCACCAUCAUCCAUGUAUAUGACCCACAAUAAAGAUGGUCAAUGAUGAGUAACAACAUCAGCUUUGCUUCCUUUUGUUCCUAACAGUGCUGGAAUUUGGCAUUCAAAUAUGUAACUGACACAUUAUACUGUAGUGUUUGAGUGAUCCAUCAAUUUUUUAAACUUUUUUUGGUCGA